CCUUCAACAAAAUAACCACCUGCAUAUAUAUAAUUAAAGAAAAAAAAGAGGUUAUUUUCACCGGCUGGGAAUCAUGGCGGCGAGGAAACUGACAACUGGAUUGACUGGUUUGGCUGUGGCUACCAGUCCGCAUCAUACAUUGGGCGUUCUUUAUGGCAAGAUCCUGAGAUGCUUGCAGAAGAUGCCACCGGAUUCUUCCUACCGCCAGUACACAGAGCAGAUUGUAAGCGAGAGGAAUAACCACGUGAAAACGGAGCCAGAUGUGACAAAAUUGGAGAAAGUAAUCAACGCUGGCCAGAUCGAGGAAGUAAUUGUGCAAGCCGAGAAGGAACUGUCGCUGGCACGAAAGAUGUUGGAGUGGAAAGCAUGGGAACCUCUCAUCCAGGAUCCCCCAAAGGGACAGUGGCAAUGGCCCAUUAAAUAAAAAGUUCCUGCCAGGAUAUUUGCCUUUGGUUGUACUUGGUAGACCAAGAUUUGGAUGUAUGGUGUGGAACUUUUAAAUGUACAUUUUACUCUUUGUAAAUAUUUAUUUUUUCUCCCAGAGUUAAAUGGUCAAGAUCAUCAUAUACUGUAUUGAGCUGGAUUUAGAUGGAUGAAAUCAAUUAUAAUACAUAAUGUGCACAUA